CGACCUGUUCUAUUGGAGUGUUUCUCCGAAUUAACGGGACAAUUGCUUUGUUUGAGGAUCGCCUCCAGUAGUGGCGGGAUUGUACAGAAAAUCAGUGGCAAAUCGCGGAGAGAAAACACACAAACUAAACAAACUAAGCGCAUUUUUGGUAGAUUAAUAGUUUCUCUGGCUAUGUGUUUUGUAAGACAAAUAUUUCUGUGGUAUUUUGCUAGUCUAGGACCACACAACAAUGUGCACUUGUUAAUGAUUACAAAUUAAAUUUUGUAAACAACUUGACACCGAUUAGUGUGCCGAGCGAGACAAGCGCUGUGAUUGGCGGAGAUAAAGGAUAGCCUGGUGAAACCCCUGGCGAGCCGUGAAAAGGCAAUUUCCUUUCUUCGCGCGAAACCCGAUCCGCACGCACGAGGUAACGAACGAACGACGGGUAUAAAAUCCCGGCCGAGUUUACAACAAUGUGACUUGUGCUCGCUAUGCGACCAGAGGUUAUCUCACAGCGGAUAUAAACGGAUAAGCAAUUACAUCGAUCUCAGGACUCCAAGUCAGGCAUAGGAGCAGUGUGAGACUCGCCUCUGACAACAGAGCGUACUCAUCCGAUCGUAGCGGAGAUAAUACGACUAGGGAACUAACCGGAACGCAACGAGGAGCAAGCCGAACAGAUUUGAGCCUACCAUGAGGGAUUGUGAGAUCGUUUCAAGCUGCGAGCAAUCCCUUCUCUCGCCCUGUAGUUCUAGCAGUUCUGAAAACAGUCUGAGUCCGGGGCCUUCGCCGAGACUUAACCACCGAUUCUUUGUCAGCCGUAAGGCUGUUAGUAUCCCACUGGACGAUAGAAGACACGCUUAUAUGAAGCGAUUGUACACGAACAGUAGAGAACGCUGGAGACAGCAACACGUCAAUUUAGCUUUUGCUGAACUUAGGAAACUCAUUCCCACCUACCCUCCUGAGCGAAAACUCUCCAAAAACGAGAUUCUAAGAUUUGCUAUGAAGUAUAUAAAGUUCUUAGAAAAGAUUUUGAGCGAUAUGGACGAUACUCCUAUGACUGGCACAGCAAACGAUAACAGCGAAGAUUCCUCGGGUACCAUCGGGUCUUGCCCAGAGUCCAGACCCGCUGAAGAAAGCCAGGAAAAUAAUGAACAAUUAUAUGAGAAGCGCCCUGAUCCAUCGCCGUGUGCGGACGACGUGGCGGCUUUAUUCCUCGGUCAAUCGUAAACAUUUCAAAAAAGAAUUACAGAUUUCUGCAGCCUUUACAAUGAAGGGUCGUGGCUCUCUCCGUCUGCAGAUUUUAUCUCCCGAACUGUCAAAGGCUGUUUUAUUCACAAACAAACUGUAAAAUAUGUAAAAUGUUUGUUUUGAGUGUUUAUGAUUUGUGAAUAGAUCGGACGUGCGCUUUAGGUGUUUACUUUGAUGAGUUUAUCGGUGAAAGUAUUGAGUUCAUUGUUUAUGAAGCUCGGGUUUUGGUUUAUCUCGGUUGUAGAUGAGAACUCAUGAUCACUUAGCCUCACGAGUGAACUGUAAUUAAUAUUGCCAGUAUUUGAUCAGAUAGUCCUUUCUAUAACCAAACCAAAACGCUCACAAAAACCGCUCGCGCGCAAUUGUAAUAUAUUGUACAUACAGAUACACGGCCGUGUAAUUAAAUUAUUGCUCUUAUAAUACCGUCAAAUAAAACAAUCCUUAAAUCAA